AUGCUUGCCAGAUUGCUCAAGAAGCCCUUCGUGCGCGCGUAUGCCACGAACAACCAGCUCUUUCUCAGUAAAGACGUGAGCAAAGACAUUCCCACUCACGAGCUCUUCCAGAAGCUCGGGUUCACGAAGCAACCUUCUUCCGGGCUCGUACACUGGCUCCCACUAGGGCUUCGCAUUCUCCGUAACGUGGAGAACAUCAUCCAUACAGAGAUGCGCCGCGUGGACGCGGAGGAGGUUGCGCUAUCGUCGCUUUCCGCUGCCGCACUCUGGAAGACUACGGGCCGCUGGGACAAUAGGGAGUUGUUCAAGCUCCAAGACGCGAAAGGAGCAGAUUACUGCUUGGCCCCGACAUGCGAAGAGGAGAUCACCGAUAUCGUCAAAGCACACGUGGGCUCGUACAAGGAUUUGCCGCUCAUCAUGUACCAAGUGGCGCGCAAGUACCGCGACGAGAAGCGGCCACGCGCGGGGUUGUUGCGUGGGCGCGAAUUCCUCAUGAAGGACGCGUACUCCUUCGAUGUGAGCGAAACACACGCGCUUGUGACCUACGACAAAGUCUAUGGCGCGUACAAGGCGAUUUUCCGGACGCUCAAGAUUCCGUUUGCCAUUGCCGAGGCCGACACCGGUGACAUCGGCGGGUCCCUCUCUCACGAAUGGCACUAUGUGCACCAUUCCGGCGAGGAUUCGCUCUUCACGUGUUCCAGCUGCGGAUCCACAUCCAACAUUGAAAAGACGCUUGCGCUUCCUGAGGUGGAUUCUGUGCCAGUGGACACUGCCGAGGUGAGGUACUUUUUAAACGAAUCCAAAGACACGUUGGUCGCACUUUACUACCCUGUGGGCCGCACAUUGGUACCGCUGUUUUUGAAGGAGGAGAUUCCUGAUCUCAACACGAAGUCUACGCUCACGGACGAGGAGACGCUCGCGAAGUUUAUGGAGGGCGAAGAGAUUAUCGGUAAAUCGAUCAUUCGCGUCAUGGACGCGCGCUUGCACGACCGCACUAUUCUCCCGGACUUUCCCGUGCCGUUUCAACGCGGCUCCUUCACCACGUUAACAGGCCUCCCAUUGGUGGAGGCGCGCGAAGGCGAGGUAUGCUACAAGUGCGAGGAGGGACGGUUGGAGCGUCAAAAAGCGAUUGAGGUCGGGCACACCUUUUUCUUGGGCACACGCUACUCUGCGCCACUCAAUGCCACCUUCACCAACGAGUUCGGUAAGCCAGAACUCAUGUCAAUGGGGUGCUACGGAAUCGGCGUUUCGCGGAUCAUUGCCGCGAUCGCCGAGGUUACACGCGACAUGGAGGGGUUCGUGUGGCCUGCGACGAUAGCGCCGUUCCAAGUGACGAUUAUCGAGGGUCCGGGUAAGAACUACCAGCAGACUGUUGCGAUGAUGGACGGGGUUGCACAGUCCUUGAAGGAAGGUGGUAUCACCGUCAACCGUGACUUUAGACCCUUGGAAAGGUUUGGCUUGGGCAAAAAAAUCCGUGACUCCAACCUGAUUGGUGUUCCGUUGGUUGUAAUCGCGGGAAAGGCCUUACCGCGGCUCGAGAUUGAAGUCCGUGGGAAACGCUGGGAGCAGAAAGAGACGUACUUGUGGCAGGAGUUGCGCGCACGCAAACAGGAAGCGUGGCAGUGGGAGGUCAGUGAAGUCAAGGGCCGGGAAAAGCACAUAGUACAUGUCGACGGCUUUGUCGAGGUGGUCCAAGCAUUAUUGAAGGACAUGUAA